CCAUUAGGAAUGGAAACAAACUUGUUUUCGUUUCAUUAUCCAGGAAAUGAAAACCAAGGGGGUGUAGCCACUGCACUCACAAAAGUGUGUGCAGUGAGAGAUCAGAUACUUGAAAGCAACCGAGCAGUGAAGGAUGAUGAAGAUGGCAGCAGUGAUCCGGAGUUGCUGUGUAGCUCUGUUCCUUGCUUUGACCUCUGUGUCAGCUGUGAACCAGCUCAAAACCAUCAGUGAUCUGAAAAGAAUCGACUUUGACUCAUCUGUGCCCAAACACAGUCUUCUGCUGCUCUACUGGUUUGCGGACUUGGUUGAAGUUGACAACAACAACAUCAUACGGGUAACCUUUGAUCCAAACCAAGGUGAUUACGGCUCACAUCACUAUGGAAACUUUGAAAGGGUGCUGGAACCACUGCCUCAGGGAAAUGGAUACAGAUACUACACAGUGGGGAAUCUCAACCAAGAUUCUUCAAUGCAACUUCCAUCUUACCUUGUCCACCCCCGGAGUGAGUAUGAGGGAAGAAACAGAGACCGGAUCAUAUUUAGAGCCAGAGAGGAUAACACUAGAGGGCAAUACGGACAGAUAAUAGAUCGAAUCUACAUGACUCAGCAUUAUGAGACAUCUGAUAAUCAGGGGACAAGGUAUGAUCCAGCACAUACAUACCAGGUCACUACCAGACUUUUAAACCGGGUCAGAGCAUUUUCUGAGGGACGAAAUGACAUGAACUCAUUGACAAAUCUCAGAGAUCACUUUGGAAGUCAAGCUGCUGAUUCUCAGCUAAGGCACAUAAGAAACUCGUGGGGGCAGCUUGCUUGUCUUGGACUGUUUUUGUUUAUUGUCAUCCAGGAAAAGCACUCUUCAAACCAUCAAAACAACAAACGACAGGCUCCAGCGAGAAGGAACCCACAGCGGGAUAUUGUCCACAUCCCACAGACCACAUACAAUUUCACUCCUAAUGUUUCUAUCAGCAUUCCAGAGGACCCCAUGGAUGAGCUCGUACUUGAAGUGACAACAGGGGCAAGUGGAAAAGCCAGAAUAGUUUGGAGAAAUGUUCCUAGCUAUUUCAAAAAAGGUGUGAUGGUUGGACUUUAUAAGACUGGUGACCAUGAAGAGGCCUUGACUUAUAAAUCUAUUGGGAACACACAAUCUGGCAGUUAUAACACAUCAGUGCCCCUAAAUGAAGGCCUUCAAGUUCGGCUGCAUAAAGCGGAGAAACUAUGUUUCUUUUGGCAACGCCUUGGAGAAGAGAUACACAGGGGAGAAGAGUUCAAAAAUCCCACACCGGUCAGUAUAAAAGGCUACAAGGCACACUUGCAACUCUUUGCAAAAGAUGGCAAAGCUUGUGCUCGCUUAUAUGUACAGAGACGCGUUGACUGGAGGUCCAAAUUCAAAGAUUCGUGGGUUGGGUUCUACAGUUCUGAAGAUGAAGACACAAGUAACUAUGAAUGGUGGCAAUGGCAAUGGUCAACAAAAUUCAAACCAAGCACAGAUCUUCAUGACUUCAGUUAUGAUGUUUAUGAGUACCACUCUGGUAUGACAAUUGCUCCGGGAGUCCAAGCAAGACUAAUACUCAGAGACAUGGUAGAAAAAACCCGCACUCCAUGCUGGGGGGGCAUGCCGCAAGAAACGCACUGCUGACAGUCUUUUAAUGCAGAAUGUAUACAGAAAGCCAUAGGUUGUCUGUCAUGACUUCAGUUUAUGCUGUUUGUGUGGAAUUAUUCAAGUUAAAGCUGUUUUUUAAGUAUUUUUUAUUGCUGUACGUAGUUAAAGUUUCAAUGCUGUGAAGAAAACAAUCAACUGGUGGAAAAGCCCCUUUUUUCUGUAUUCUGUGCUGUGGUUUUCUAGAGUUUAAAAACAGCUUAUAUGAGAACAUCCCAUUUAUUGUAUAUUGUAAAAGGUAAGAAACUGCUGUACAAAAAAAAUGUCCAUUUGUUAUUAAUAUGUUUUCAUAAAUGGAGAAUCAUUGCAC